UCAGCGCAUCUGAAGGAGCUUGAGUUUUUUGGGGAUUGAAAAAAAUGCGUAAACGCAUGCGUAAUAUCCAACAAAUGCCUCGAGGCAGCUGGAGGAGGGUCAGUCACAUCGAGUUUCACAACAGCGACCUGAUACAGGACUGUAGUGAGAGAGUGAGUACGCAACGAGCUGAGGAGCGGGUUUGAUGCGUAAAAGCGCAAAUAAAGGAAAAGACAUGCAGGUUGUUUACAGCGCGAAGCUCCUCCAGCUGAUCAUCUGACGUAACGCGACUAUCGGAGGACAUGUAGGCAACUUUGUGUCUGGACGACCCUCGGACACAUGAUGGAGCCCGUCAUGGCUGUGAUGAACCGCGCAGGUGAACUCGCCGCUUGCCGCGACCCAGCGCGCAGAAAGCUGGGGAUGAGACAGUUCUCGACCUCGUUUCACCUCCAGCAGCCGCUGCAGCUCCAGUAUGACGGACUCACGAUGGGGCUCGGAGUGACCGAUGAUGCGCAUUCAGUCGGGAGCGCGCAUGUGAACAUCGGGCAUGUUGACAGUAACGCGGCGCGUCACGGAGUGCGCAUCUAUCCGGUGACAUCACCGGGACAGCUGUCGGCCAGCAGGCACCUGCAGCAACUCAACACGCAGUACUGUAACCACGGGCAACACGCAUCCCAUCAUCACAACUACAUGCACGUGCCACAAGCUGUUAACUACGGCAGAGACGCAGCGCACCUCGGUGCGCCCGGGUGGACUCCUGCGGGACUCCUGGAACAGGUCCCCGGUAUAGACUCUGAUCAGGUGGACGAGGAGGUUCUGAUGGGGCUGGUGGUGGAGUUCGGUUUGGACCGUGUGAAGGAGCUCCCGGAGCUGUGGCUCGGACACAACGAGUUCGAGCUGGUGGCGGACUUUGUGUGCAAACAGCAGAGCAGAGUGAGCUGAGGAAGAGGAGGCUGAGUGGAAACCUGUGGCUGAAGCGGAGCGCAGCCUGGAGGGUUACUGGUUUACUUUAUUUUCAAAGCAUUCACGAUUCAUUUAGGGACUGUUCUUUGUUCAUCAAAGGGAGGGGUGGAGGCUGGGCUGUGACUUGAUGAAAUAUCACGAGGCUGUUUUAAGAUAGGCUUUUUUCUUUUGACCAACACAUUCUCACUCUGACCUCGUCACAUGUCCACAUUUGGUCAUGGACUUUCCACGUCCACAUAUGACGUCCAAGGUACCCUGGGUGUGUUGGUUGUUGACGUUCUGGGACACCGUGUCAACUUCAGUCUGUUACAUGCAUUGUCUGUUUUCAAAAUACACUUAUGUUUUCACAGGAAAUGUACAGUUUGCAUACAGUCUCUUUCAAAAUAAAAGCACUACGUCAGCACAACACCGCAAAUUGACGAUUUUUUUUCUUCACCAACACAUGCACGUUGUUUCAUUUAGGAAAAAAGAACUGGGUUUGGCUUUACAAUCUUAGGGGACGUGAACACUGGCCUCUCGGAUGAAAGUGGUUGUUAGACCCAUCCACCUCCCCUCCUACAGGCCAAACUCGGACUUCUGCCCCCUUUAACUUAUGUUGCUGUCCUGCCACAUUUCCCCUUGACGCCACCAGGUGCACUUAAACAAAAAUUGUGACCAGAUACGUAUCAUGCUGAUGCGAAAGGUCUGGUGUCUGACACCAGAAGUCAUUGAAUAAGUGCUGCUAUUCAGCGACAUAGAAGUGAGAGCGGGUUGUUAUGAUGGAAGCAUUCGUUGCACAUGAUGUGUCCAAGGACCGUCAAAAAUUUGAAAAUCCAAUGAUUAUAUCUGUGUUUACAGUUUCAGACUGUGGUGUUAUUUUGGUAUUUUUUUAAGAAAGCAUGUCUUUCAAACCCGCACAUUUGUAAGGCAUGUUUACUUUAAAAAAAAAAAACAGUGGCAAAAUAAAUAAAAAAAUACAACCACUUAAAUUUGUAUGUCCCUCCCUUAUGCCACAAUAAAAAAGCAUUAGCCCCCACUCUUUGCAACACCCCCUCAUAAGUAAUGAACGGUCCCUUACUUUUAACUUUACCCACACCGUUUAACACACAGGUGACACUCCCACACCCGCCACAUACCUGUUUUCAUGUUUCCUGUUUGUAUGCGCUCUCAGUUUGGGUAGCACUGUUUGCCGAGUUUCACCGCGCUGUCCUUCUGCUCUCCUGUCCGGUGAUCCUCUCAGAAAAAUGCCCGAGAUCUUUAAAAGCCAGAUUAUAAACAGCUACCGUCCCUUAGAGUCACAACACACACGGAAACAAAAAUAGCAUGUUGUCUGACAGGCCAUUUUUUCCAGGUGAACCACUUCACCUUAAAUCUGUUUUUUGUACGUGAGGUUUGGUUUAUAACAACAUCCUGCAGCUGGUGCGCACCAAGCUGUUUCUUUCCAUCUGUGGAAAAUAAUCCAUCUUUUUUUGUUAACGAAAGUUAAUUUUUUCUUUGGCCAAUAAGACAACAGCACUUUGGUAAACAGCCAAUCAGAUUGCAGCCGGUCAACAGGUAACCAGCCCCACCCGGCAUCACUUUUGUGCCAUCCUCUCAGAUUGCCAAGGAUUUGCGCGUGCGUCCUGUUGUUGCCAAACGUCUCCAAACCAUUUAAACUAUUCUGGUGGUCACAGACUUUAACCUGUAGAUUAAUAACAAAACCUGCAGUUUUAGUUUCAGCAGCAUUCAGACAUGUAAAUAUGUAUUUUGGAGCUCAUAAAGCUGCAAAAAUCACAAGUUCAAUUUCUGCAAAAGGUUCAGCCAGUGAUACUUUACAUCCGUAGUCAUGAUACUGUGAGAUGAUCAGAGUCUGGAUACUUGGUCUCUUCAACGCUUUGAGAUGUUUCUUAUCUUCAGCAUUGCUUCAGAGACGACUUUGUACAGAGUUGGCGAAA